AUGGCGCGCAUGCAUGGUGUCGUACUGGAUCAUGGAACGGGGACGUCGGGGUCCGGCUACAAUUUGUUGUGCGUCAUCACUUUGACUGUUUCCAAGUCCUCAGCGCCCGUUUUGGGGGAGGAAAUAUCUCUUCUCCAGAAGCAGGCAAUCCGAGUGGUUCCUAUGUCGGAGAUCCAGGACGGCUGGCCUAUGGCCCUGUUGGCCCAGUGGUGGGACCCUCUGCUAUUGUUAGGGGGCUACCAUGGACUUAGCUGUAUCCUGCAAGGUGAUCACGACAAACACAUCCCCCAGAGUGUGGGGUGUGCGGAUCUUCAUGUGCCAGUAGGUGUGAUUGACAAUCCAGACAACAUGGACAGCCUGAAAAGGAACGUAUUGGAACAUAAUGGACGACAGACUCACCAACACCAGGUCUUACAGAGUACUCCAUUGGACCUGAUCGAGAUGGGCAAGUCACUGAGGUUCCAAACAGAGCACCCCCACCUGGUCAGUCUGGGUAGUGGCCGUCUCAGCACAGCCAUCACCCUGUUACCCCUGCAGGAAGGGAGGACGACCCUGGGCAGUGGGAACACAGACAUCCCUCUGCAGGGUCCAGGCAUCGCUGAUCAACACUGCUAUAUCGACAAUAGGGCCGGCAGUAUCACCCUCAACCCCUGUGGGAACCAUUGCUCCAUGGAUGGUCUCCCCGUCUCCAAGCCUGUACGCCUUUCACAAGGGUGCAUGCUGUGUUUUGGUCAGUCAGCCUUUUUCCGCUUUAACCACCCAGAAGAGGCCCUCAGAAUGAAGAGCAUGCUGCCUGGAGGAAGCCAGGGGCCCAGCGCCUACAAGAGCCAUCACACAGGUAACCAUCACACCACACCAACUCCCGUCACACUACACUACACAGCAUGCUGCCUGGAGGGGAGCCAGGGGCCCAGUCCCUACAAGACCCACCACACAGACUCCCACACGGUGCUGAAUGGGAACCACCAGCCUGCCCCCCGUGAGAGGACCCGUUCCGGCUCUGGCCCACACCCAGGCCCCCUGACCAGCACCAUAGAGAGGGACCUCCAGGACAUCAUGGACUCUCUGGUGAUGGAUGACCCCCAGUCCUCCGGGAAGCUGGCCCACCACCCCAUCCCUCAGUCCCCCCUCUCCCCCAUGCUGAAUGGGGGAGGACGUUACCUGCUCUACCCUCCCACCAGCCCUGGGGCCAUGUCCAUGGGCUCCAGCUAUGAGAACGCCUCCCCGCCCGGCCCCUUCUCCCCGCUCUCCUCUCCUCUGUCGGCUGCCAGUAGUGAUGCUUUCCCGGGGCCUGGUACUCCUCCAGUGCCUGCCCGCUCCUCCAGCUACACCCUCACCACCCAAACCCCUGUCACCCAGCCAUGGACCACCCCUCCUGGGGGCUACACUGGAUCUGCUGAUGUGCAGAGGGUCCCGGAGAGCCCCAGGCCUCUGAGGAGGGCCCUAGCGGAGGCCUUGCCAAGCCCCACUGCUUCCCGUAGAGGUGUGGAUCAGGACAGCCCAGUAGGCAGUUCAGAGACUCCCAGAGCAGUACAUGGACCAUCCCACAUCCCAGUCUCCAGCGCCAGACUAAACUCUAAGUUCUCUGGAUGUCAGGCAUCCACGGCCCCCUCCAGCCCUAGAGUGAGGGUGGGCGGCUUAGGCUCUCGGCCUCCCAGCCCCCAGCACCUCUUCCAGGUCCAGUCCCACACAGAUAGCCCUCAGCAGACACGUAGGACCCCAGAGCCCUCUGGACCCUCCAGCCUGAGGGAGCUACCCCCUCCCAGCCCCUCCAUGUCUCGUAGAGGGGCUUCUCCAGCACAGGGCUCCCUCCAGGAUAGGGGGCUGCGAGCCAGGAGUCCCUCUCCCACCUCCGGGGGAGGCAGGCAGCAGAAGGGCAGCCCAGGUAUCGCCAUCACCCCAGCCCUGGGCUCUCUGUCUGGGUCUGGGGCAGGAGCUGGGCCCUCUCCUCUCACGAGCCCCCAGGGACAGAGGAAGAAGUCUGGUAGUGCUGGGGCCACCAGGGACCCAGCUGGAGCAUCUAGGGACCCCAAGGGGCCUGUACGGCCCCGGACCCGGGAACGCAAGAACAGCAUCUCAGAGAUCAGCGACAACGAGGAUGAGCUGCUGGAAUACCACCGCUGGCAGAGAGAGGAGAGACUCCGCGAGCAGGAGAUGGAGAAGCUGGAGCGACAGAGAUUGGAGACCAUCCUUAGCCUGUGUGCGGAGUACACCAACUCUCCCCAGUGUCUGGGUGGUGAGACAGGGAGUACAACAGGGCACUUCCCUGGACCAGGGGAGGGGGGCGCUAGAGAGAGACCCUGUACAGAGACAGGUGGUGGGGCGACUCAGCGAGGAGGAAUGACUCAGAGGCAGAGAGAGAGUGACGAGGAGAACCAGAGAGAGGAGUCCAGCAGCACAGAGAGCACUCACCAGGAGCAGGAAGACUCAGGGUUAGGUGUGGGUGUGUCAGGGUUAGGAUCAGGAUCAGGUGUGUCUGGGCGUCAGGAGCAGCAGUACCUGGAGGAGGAGAGGACCAGGGUUCUGUCCAGGGUGGAUAAGCUGAAACACAGAGUCACAGAGCUGGAGCAGCAGCUACAGGAGUCCAGACAGGAGGCGGAGAUGGAGAGGGCUCUGCUGCAGGGGGAGAGGCAGGCUGAGCAGGAGCAGGUCGAGGCAGAGACAGAGAUCAUCUCUCAGCUCCAGUCUAAACUCAGCCAGCUGGACAGGGCCACCCAGAGGGAGAAAGACAAGGAGGCAGAGGCGCUUGAGGUGGGGACCAAGCAGUUUGAGGACUUGGAGUUCCGUCAGCUGGAGAGAGAGAGCGGUCUGGAGGAAGAGAAGGAGACGCUCAGCAGACAGCUGCUCCUGGAAAGGGCCGAGUACCACCGCAGCGUGGCCAAGAGAAAGGAGAAGAUGGCUGCUCUGGAGGUGCAGGCCAACCAGUUAGGGGUGCAGGCAGCUCAGGACUGUGAGAGGAUGGCUAAAGACAGGACCCUGGCCUUACAACUGCUUCAUAAAGAGAAGGACAGGCUGUCUACUCUGGAGAAGAGAUACCACACUCUGACGGGAGGACGUAGCUUCCCCAAGCCCUGCAGCACCAUGAAAGAGUGGAUUAGACCUCACAACCCGGCCCUUAACUUAGAGCGCUGGUACCAGGACAUAAUGUCAGCAGGGGAGCCCCACCACCAGUCAUGCCCUCCCCCUCUUCCUGCUAAGUCUCACUCCUCACGCAGACCUAGCCAGGUGUACCGGUCAAAACCAGAUGGUGAUGUAGGUCAGACAGCAUCACGCUCUAGUAGUGUCAGUGGUACUGCCAGCCCUCCACAGUCCAAUGGGGUUACACUGGGCCGAAGCACACCCACCAAGGGUCUCCAGCUGGUGUCCAGGGAGCUGUCAGCAUCAGGCCCUCCAGACAUGGUGAUGGACACCAGGAGACAGCUGUCACUGCAGAGCAAAGGCCCUCCUCCCAUGGUCCACCACUCCAUCCUGCACCACCAGACACCCCCCUCAGGGGACCCGCAGUACGACACUCUCAGCCUGGAGAGCUCUGACAGCGUCGAGACCUCCGUCUCCACCGGCAACAACUCUGCCUGUUCUCCAGAAAGCGGCAGUGGGCUUGAGGCCCUGAGGAUUGAGGAGAUGGAGAAGAUGCUGAAGGAGGCUCAGCAGGAGAAAGCCAGGCUGGUGGAGAGCAGAGAGAGGGAGGUGCAGGCGCGGAGGCAGAUGUUGGAGGAGGAGCGGAGGAGGCGCGAGGAGGCCGAGAGGAGGUUGCAGGACGAGACGACCCACAGGCAGAGACUGGUGGAGGAGGAGGUGAAGAUGAGAGAGAAGCACUUCUCUCAGGCCCGCCCCAUGACACGCUACCUACCCAUCAGGAAGGAGGAGUUUGACUUGCGUUCCCACGUGGAGUCGUCGGGCCACAGCGUGGACACCUGUCCCUACGUCGUCCUCUCCGAGAAGAUGUGCAAGGGACACCUGGUCAAGAUGGGCGGCAAGAUCAAGUCGUGGAAGAAACGCUGGUUUGUCUUCGACCGCCUCAAGAGGAACUUCUCCUACUAUGCUGAUAAGCAUGAGUCCAAGCUGAAAGGACUGAUCUACUUUCAGGCUAUAGAGGAAGUGUACUACGAUCACCUACGCAGUGCCACUAAGAGCCCCAACCCGUCGCUGACCUUCUGUGUGAAGACUCACGACCGGCUCUACUUUAUGGUGGCCCCAUCUCCAGAGGCCAUGAGGAUCUGGAUGGACGUAAUAGUAACCGGGGCGGAGGGAUACACACAGUUCAUGACCUGAGGGACUGAGCUCUCCGGGUGACAGACCUUACAACAGGGUUGUGUUUGUUAGGGCAUGUAUUGGAAAAACAUUUUUAAACCAUUUACAACAGAAAAUAAAAAUGUUAGUUUAUUUUUGGACAAGUCCAAGUAGUUCCUCUAUGUUUCAGUCCUUCUUCUUCCGUUUGGUGCCUAAUGAACAUGACCCAGGAGAGAGAGAGACCAUGGGCUUGCUGCUCCCAGAUUUCUGUCUGCAGCUCUGCACUCCACUACUGCUGUUCUUUGAGUCCUUGUUUAUUUUACCAUGCAAGUCAGUUAAGAACAAAUUCUUAUUUUCAAUGACGGCCUAGGAACAGAGGGUUAACUGCCUUGUUCA